AUGCCAAAAUCCGGUGAACCAGCGGGUCAGGGCCAUGGAUCUCCAGUUCGAAAAAUUAGGGAGUCAACCUUCCGUGUUUCCACAGCUGAUGAUUUCAAUUCCAGCAGCCGGAAUGAUCGUGCCAGACGAAGAAGCGGACUGCCAUCCACAGCAUGCAACACGUGUCGCUCACGAAAGGUUAAGUGCGAAGUAAACAUCAGUCCAUCAAGUCACCAAGGCAAAGGACAGUCUGCUGGUCUUCCGCGUUGUCAAGCCUGUCAGCAGUCCAAUAUCGAAUGCCAGUGGAAUACGGUGGACAAGAGAAAGCGACGGAGAACUUGUACUAGCCGAGAUACGCCUCAAAAACAAGGCACAGAUGUGUCAGAAAUCAUUGUGAGCACAGAUCACAGUCAAGAGCAACUUGGGAUCGAGUGUCAGCAUGGCGAUUUGUCAACAGACCAAGAAGUUCAACAACGGACUGAAAAGAAUGAUGAGGGUGGUUCAAAUACGGACGAUUUGGGUAUGGUAGAAAAGGAACAGCCUGAGAUUCCGAACGACAAUUCCAACACCAUACAUGCUGAGCUGUAUCCUGUUGGACGUCUAGACUCCCAACUCGAUUCGAGGGAGUUCUUCGCAUUAGAAAACAUGGAUAUGUCUUGCGACUGGUCUGAGGUUCAAGACUUUGUAUUUGAUUUCGAAGGAAUGGAAAAUUUGGGUAACGUAAACUGGAAUAACAUUGCAGAGGAUGGACAGUCAAUUGAAACCGCGGAAACACCACAAACACGCUCAAAGGCAAUACGGCUGCGACUAUACCGGAGAUUCGGUCCAACUGCUGUUCUUCCUGGACUCAGGAAACUGUCUAUUGCCGUCAAUACUCGUCGAAAACACAUCGGUUCCGAAACUGAACAACAAAGUCGCUUCGGGGCAAUCAGAAUGCUGCCCUCUCAAAACAUUGAUCCAAUGGACCGGCUGUCAAUGAAGCACAAAGAUACGUUGUCCGAUGACUCACCCUAUGACUUGCCCUUGGAAGCGAUACGUCGGAUAGCGGAUGUAUUUUUCGCUCGCUUUGGAGGACACUUUCCGUUUGUUGAACCCCAAAUCCUCGACGGUCAUGUUCGCUCUGGGCAAGCGUCCAGCUUUGUCAUCCAUGCAAUUGCUGCAUUGACUAUGAGAUUCUGUCCGCUGGAGAUAUUUUCAGGCACAACUGACACAAGGCCGAGUACUCCGUGGCGCAACGGCACAUAUUUCCUUAAGAGAGCCAAGGAGCAACUUGUAACCUUACUGGCGAUACCUACCACCGACGUAGUGUCCGGCAUCUUGAUAUUAGCGUGGGUUGAAUUCGGGGAUAACUACGAGGCCGGUUUGUGGAUGCUAUCCGGGAUGGCUAUUCGCAUGGCGCAAGAUAUGGGACUUCAUCGCCCACCUGAGAAAGAAACCAAUCCCACAGUUGCCUUCUGGGAUCGGUCACCACUCAGCCCAGACGGAAAGGGUCUACUCAGCGAUGAAAUGUCCAAGCUCCACCAGCAGAAAUCAAAACUACUGCUUUUCUGGACAGUAUUCACGCUGGAUGUUUCCGUGUCUUUGCUUACUGGUCGGCCGCCUACCCUAAAACGUAAAGAGGUAGAUGUUCCGCUCCCAACCGCCCAAGACAUGAAAGGCGCGCAGCUUGAUUUUCAAGAAACCGUAUCAAUGAAGAACUUGAUAUUUCCAGAGCUGGCCCGGUUUAUGCUAUCGUUCUCAGAGGCAGUUGAAUUGCUAAAUCAGACUGGGAGCGAAGAUGACGAAGACGCAUCUGGUCCAGAUGGACCAAGUAGAAGAAAACGACUUGCAAAAGUUAAAGAAGAUAUUAUGGACCAGUAUCAGUCACUUAAUCACGAACUGACUUUCACCAUCGACAAUUAUAAGAAAGCUGCGGCAAUCAAACAGGCAGGAGUUUUCUUAAAGCUUCAUGUAUACGUCUACACUUUUAUCAUACUUCUUUCCCAGGGAGAAAUAAGAGACAGUCAACAGCAGCCCCAAGAUGGGGUUGUAAGCGGCGUGCAACAACCAAAAGAUGCUUUGGUAGCCAGUCAGAAAAUCGUGCAAAUCAUGAGCACCGCGGAGCUUAUCGACAACUGCGGCUUUCUUUCCACCCCAUUCAUCAACCAGGGAUUGUUUAUCUCGGCCAUCACUAUUCUAGAAGGACAACAAAUGCGCAAAGGCAUUCAGACUCACAGGGUCCAGGAUUUCUUUUCCCUCGUUAGUGGCUCUGACGUCGAUUACCUCCGCCAAAAAUUGCAAGAAAUGUCACAAUAUUUCAAGGGCAUCGGCGCGACACUAGCAGCACUUGAACAAAGAAAACGUGAAUUGGUAGCCAGGAAAAGUAGAGAUAACCAGCAUAGUGAAGAUGAGGAGUCUGACGAUGACAAGAAUGAAGGAUUUCAGCUUAGUGACGGUGGCAUUGUCAACAGAUACUCGAUUCCCGAUGGAAGUUAG